AUGAACUCAAAAAUGAAGGCACUAAAAGAUUCAUGGAGAGUUUAUUGGAGGCGAGAAAAAAGGGCCAAAAAAGAGGUGCUGAAGAAUUUCCUCAAAGGAUAUGCUUCAAUGAGUCCUGUUUGUCAAAAUGUCGAUCUGAGAGGAAGAGGAAGUCGUUUGGGAAUUCCAGCGGGCUCUGGACUGUUCCCAGACAAUGCGAAACCAUACAAGGAGAAGACGCUUGAUGCGAUGUUAGACGGCAUGAAAUGCGGUGUGACAGCCGUGAUUUCGAACCGCCACAUCAUGGAACUGCGACGCAGGUGA